CCGUUCUUAAUACAUAACUCGUCUCCGGCAUCAGAUAAGGCGCCAUCAACCAAUGGUUUCGAUGCGCAGUUUUGUGCUCAAGAGAAGUCACCUGAUUCGGGAGUUGUUGCUGAUGGGGAUACGGACACUGAUUCUACAACGGCUCUGGAAUUUGAUCGACGCAAAUCUCUUUCUGAGGACAAACCAGCAAAUGAGAAGGAUAGCGCAGAUAAGUGUGCUGAUGCUGCUGCUGCAGAUGAAGAUGAUUAUGAAGAGGACAAUGGAUUCAUAAGUCCAACCUCAAUAAAUGACCAUUAUUUCACAUUUCCGAGAUUCGACAGGAAGCGAAGAUUUUUCGAUAUUCAUGCAAUAUCAAAUUGUGAUGAUCAAUUCCAAAAGAGUUUAGCUGAAGCAACCGAGAGGCGACGAUGUGCACAAAUAGCGAUGAAAAGAGUGAGUUUUCUUCGGUGA